GAGAGCGCGGCGGGCGGGAAGAGCCGGCGGAGGCGGCGGGAAGCGGGACAAGAUGGAGCGGAAGAGUGCUUUUCCUUUGGGCCAAGCAUCCCCAGGAAGAGACAGGACUCUGAGUCAUCUCAGCCCAAGUGGUAAGAAGUUUCGGAGCAAGCCCCAGCUGGCCCGUUACCUGGGGAGCUCCAUGGACCUGGGCACCUUUGACUUCCGCACAGGAAAGAUGUUGAUGAAUAAAAUGAACAAGAACAGACAGAGGAUGCGCUACGACUACUCCAGCCAAGCCAAAGGGAAGCCUGAUUUGAACACAGCACUGCCUGUCAGACAGACAGCCUCCAUAUUCAAACAGCCUGUCACAAAGAUCACCAAUCAUCCCAGCAACAAGGUGAAGAGUGAUCCUCAGAAAGCUGUGGACCAGCCCCGGCAGCUCUUCUGGGAGAAGAAAUUAAGUGGACUGAAUGCUUUUGACAUUGCAGAGGAGCUGGUGAAAACAAUGGACCUUCCAAAAGGUUUACAAGGGGUUGGACCUGGCUGCACUGAUGAAACCCUUCUCUCUGCUAUUGCCAGUGCUCUGCACACCAGCACCAUGCCCAUCACAGGGCAACUCUCUGCAGCUGUGGAGAAGAACCCUGGAGUGUGGUUGAACACCUCCCAGCCUCUUUGCAAAGCUUUUAUGGUGACAGAUGAAGAUAUUAGGGAGUUCCAUCUAAGAAUUCCCAGUAUAAACCUGAUCAGCAGGGUCAGCACAACUAUUUACAAAGCCAAGAGUGUCUGCUGAGUGAACUGCACCAACAGUCCAACUGUACCUGUGAGCAUUUUGAUCUACACUUCAGGAAACGUUGAGAAGCUGAUGGUUCAUUAAUUGCUGGGUAGUUUUGAAGAUGGAACUUGACUAAACUCUACUCCCCCUCCUUUUUUUUUAAAGGGGUAGGGUAAUGGGGAAUGCAAAAGUGGGAGGGAAUCAAGGAAUAUAAAAGGGUGGGAGGGAAAACACUAGGAACCAAAUUUCCUGUCCUUUUUUGUUGUUGUGGGUCAGUGAUAGGUGAUACAUUUUUAAGCUUUUCUAUCAAAAGUACAUUUAGCCAUGACCCAUAGAAACAAUUUUCUCUCCAACACAAGUGAGAGAUGCUGUUUCACUCCUUGGCUGCUCUGCUGCCUGUUUGAACCAGACUGUAGGGAGGUCAUUUGAUGGUGGGGAUGGUCAUUCCCUGUGGCAAUCACUGCGUGUCCUUUUCCUCACAAGACCACAUUGGUCUUGGAAGUGUGUAGUCUCAGAGAUGAACUGCUAGUGCCUCUUCCACCCGAGGUUUUGAUUAGUAGGGGAAGUUACACUAGAGGAACUGGCCUUGCAAUCCAUUUUUCAGUCAGCUCCAGCACCUGCAGGGUUUGGCACAGAGCUGUGUGUACGUCUGGGUGUAGCCAAAUGAGAGCUGUCAAGAGAAACAUCCCCACUCUGUGGUAUGGUUUGCUUUGGUUUAAGUCUGGUCUGAAGGACCUUCUCAACUGGGAAUGGAAGGACAACUCAUUUCUGACUGAAAAUGAGGAAAACUUCCUCCUUUCUCCUCUGGUGCCAAGAACCCUGACCUUCAGUGUGUGUGGAGGGAAGGGGAUCCAUUCCAAUAGGUGUGUCUACACAUCUGCUUUCCUGUGCAGUAAUGUUCUGACCUCUUUUAAAACAAGAAAGGAAAAAGGUUGAUUUUUUUUUUCUAUAAUUGAUAAACAAAUUUAAAGCUUUUUAUUAAGUAUUAAAUCUUUCUUAUUUGCAUGUGCAGUGAAGUGACCAGCAUUUUGUGUCCAAAAAUGAAACAAUGUGAAACCUGCCUUAAUGUGUUUAUAAGUAUUUGGCUUCACCAUGGGUACCUUGAUUGAUUCCUCAGUCUCUUCUAGUACAUCUGUGAGCAUAUUGGGGUGACUUGUGGCUAAAAAAUGGAUUUAUCUGGGGAGGGAGAACAGGAAGAGGGGAGGAAAGUGAGAGUUUAUAGCUUGGAGAACGUGUUGACUAAGUUGCAAAAGUUACUUUAGUCUUAGGGUAUCCAUUGCAUAAUUCAUCUGUGGACAUCUCAGCUGAGAGAACAGUAUAAAGUGGUGGAUUAAAUAUUGUGCCACCAACCAAUUGUGCAAGUUGUUGGUAUCCCAAAACUUGGGGAAGAAAGUAGCUCCCAGAGCCUUUAUCAUGUAAGAGUGCUUAGCAGUGCCAGCAAGGGACCAGGGGAAUUGCCUGGAAAGGAAUAGCCUUUGGGAGUAGUUCAGCUUAGUGACCUGAAUAGGUUUCAGCUCCUUGAAAAAGAUCCUAUGCCAAAGUCAUUGAUUCUAGAUUAACUCUUUUCUGAAAAAAUUUGAAAAUACAAAGUUAUGUGAUCUUGCUCAUUUGGAGUCCUGCAAGAAGACUGAAUUGUACUUUGCUGCUGCUCUAUCAGGUGUUGCUUUGGGGAACUUUACCUGGUACUGCAGCCAGUGAAAAUUAUUUUCCUUUUUGAACAGUCUGUUAUGGUUAUUAUUCUGUACAUCUGUCCUCUUGUAACUCGUUGUGUUGAAUUAAAUGUUUCUUACAAAGUAAAGAAGGUUUUUUGUGCUA